UAUGAAAUAGAAUGAGACCGAAAAAUGAGAAUGAAAGAGAAAUGAGCUUUGGCAGUACCAAGGCUAGGCUUCACAGAUUUGGCCAAACCAGCUCUACACUCCUCCACGAAACCCAACCCCAACCCAAGAUGUGCGAUUUGGCGACGAUCAGAAUGAAGCAAAUUUCCAGAAAUUAAAAAAUCAGACGCGGUGUGGUUGUUGAUGUUGAGAAGUGGCAACAUAUUACUUAAAAUUCGUCGUUGAAAUCAAAACGAAGAGAGAGAAAUAGGGCUUGAUUAUGGGUUGUGACUGUGGGGGAAAGUUAAAUGUGAGAAAGCCUCAUUUCUAUGAGGUUUAUUCUUCUGCCUUCAGCUCUCACAGACUGAGACUUCCCGAUGGAUUUGUCUGUUGUAUGGAGGGAAGGGCAUAUGGAUCAGUUUCGUUGACUGGUCCUAGUGGAAACAUAUGGACUGUGCAAUUGAUUAAGCAAGACAAUGAUCUAUUUUUCCAUCAUGGAUGGUCGACAUUUGUGGUGGAUCAUCGACUAGAAUGUGGUGAACUUUUGGUUUUCAGAUAUGAGGGUCACUUGCAUUUUACCGUGCAAAUAUUUGAUAAGGAUGCAUGUGAGAAAGAGGCAGCGUUUCAUUCUGAAUGCAGUCAAAGUUCAAGCGACUUUGAUAAUAUUAAAGGGCAGAAAAGAGAUCGAAAGGAGAAUUCUUCUUUGCAUAUUGUUGUUGAUGGUGUUCCAAAGAAAAUGAGAGGCAGUACCAAUGAGAACCAGGAACUUGAACUGGGUGUUGGUAAAGAACUACUGCUGUAUGACGUUGUAAGACCAAUUAGUAUGUUCAGAGAAAAUGAAGAAACCUCCAAAACAUGUUCAGCUAAUGAUGUCCCUGUGCCUUUUCACAUGGAAAAUAGCAAUGAAGAUGAAGAGGCUGACAUCCUGUAUAGAAGUGGGAACGACGAUCAUCAUUAUAUUCUCAGUGGAGUUUCAUUAUCAAAUGUAUCAGCACACGAUGAGAAAAAAGUUGCCCAGUCAUUUAUUUCCUCUUUUCCAUAUUUUGUUAGAAUCAUGAAAAGCUUCAAUGUCAGUGGUUCAUAUACUCUGAAUAUCCCAUAUCAGUUUUCGAUGGCACAUCUUCCCAAUUGCAAGAUAAAGAUUAUUCUUCAUAAUUUGAAAGGAGAACAUUGGACUGUUAAUUCUGUGCCAACAACUAGGGUGCAUACUAGUCAUACUCUUUGUGGAGGAUGGAUGGCCUUUAUUCGUGGUAAUAACAUAAAGGUUGGAGAUAUCUGUAUUUUUGAGCUUGUGCGUGAGUGUGAAUUACGUGUUCGCAUUGCUGAGGUGGGAAAAGAUGGGCGAGAUUGCCAGGUUGGAAACGUAGCCAUGACUAGGCCUAGUGCAGGACAUGCUGUAAGUUCCAAAUGUAUGUCAAUGAAUCCUAAAGUCAACUCGAAAUGCAUAAGAAAAGUUGAUCUAUCAGAUAAGAAGUGGUCAAAGAUUGGUCAAGAAACUAUUUUAUCCAUUGACUUAAAGAAAUCUAGUAGAGCUUCAAAUACUUCUAAGAAGAUGGGGCUUUGCCCUCAGUCGAAAGCUGCCCAUAAAAAGUUGGCUGCUCCAAGGAGACAUCGUGUUGAAGAUGAGCUAAGCUCACAGGCUAAAGCUGGUUUGAGAAUGUUGUUUGCACUUGAUGAACAAAGAGUAGCUCAAGCUUUUAGUUCCCCUUUUCCUAGUUUUGUGAAAAUAAUGAAAAAGUUUAAUGUCAGUGGAUCAUACACUUUGAAAAUUCCAUACCAGUUCUCAGCUGCACAUCUCCCAACUUACAAAACUGAAGUUACACUUCGUAAUUCAAGAGGUGGAUGUUGGACUGUGAACUCGGUCCCAGAUGCAAAAGGCCGAACAGUUCACACCUUUUGUGGGGGAUGGAUGGCCUUUGUUCGUGACAAUGACAUCAAUUUUGGAGACACAUGCAUUUUUGAACUUGUUGCUCAGUGUGAGAUGCAGGUUUACAUAUCUGGGGUUGGAAAGGAAGGGCUUGACCAUCAAAAUGGCCAUUUAAAACUUACUAAUAGAUUAGCUAACGUUCCAUCUACCUGCUAACGUUCUUGUUUGUUAGAAUCAAUCUUGAAUGAAGAUGUUUGUUUUGAGAGUCGCUAAGAUCUUUUGCAUUUUAUGUACAUAUUUCAGUAAUUUCAUAUUCUCUUGAUAUAUAUGUAACAUCCCAUCUGAUCGUUCACAUCCCAAUUUAUCAUCUCAUCUGGUAAGAUCUUUAGAAUA